GCAAGGAGAAAGCCAGCCCUGCCAGCCGCCCUGCCCACCCUGACCCACAAGCCCCGGACAGCGAGUCCGUCAUCGUUGCCAUGGAGAGGGUCUCCGUCCUCUUCGACAGAAUCCGGAAAGGUUUACCAAGUGAGGCUCGAGUGGUGUCCAGGAUUCUGCCCCAGUUUCUGGACGACUUCUUCCCACCGCAGGACGUCAUGAACAAGGUCAUCGGAGAGUUCCUGUCCAACCAGCAGCCGUACCCACAGUUCAUGGCCACUGUGGUCUACAAGGUUUUCCAGACGCUCCAUGCUACAGGCCAGUCUUCGAUGGUGCGAGACUGGGUGCUGCUGUCUUUGUCCAACUUCACUCAGAGGACACCGGUGGCCAUGGCCAUGUGGAGCCUCUCCUGCUUCUUCGUCUCUGCUUCCACCUCCCAGUGGAUCUCUGCCCUACUUCCACACGUGAUCAGCAGAAUGGGCUCCAGUGAGGUGGUGGACGUCAACCUGUUCUGCCUGGUGGCCAUGGACUUCUACCGGCACCAGAUCGAUGAGGAGCUGGACCGCCGGGCUUUCCAAUCAGUGUUUGAGACCGUGGCCUCGCCGGGCAGCGCUUAUUAUCAGCUGCUGGGCUGCCUGCGAUCAAUCCACCAGGACGCUUCGCUCUGAAGGCAACACACCGAGGGGGCGGCGGGGUGUGUGUGGUGGGAUGACAUCUAAACGCUCGCUUCCCUGAUAAGGUGGGGUUUAGUAAAAGAACAAAGUGUUCAUUUGAAAAAGCUGCUGCAGCUUCAUUUGUUCCCCACCUGUUUCCACUGAUACGAGCGACUGCUGAGCCCAGAGGAGAGAGUCCAGUUUACAGUUAUCAGAAGGUCCGUCUCUGAACAGGAAGUGGACAUUUCAGCAGCCAUGUGAAAGCCAAAACUCUGCCUGCAGCCACGGUGGACUCCUCUGCACCUCCUGCACAGCACCUUGUCAUUAACAGAAAAACUGCGUAAGAUAAUGUAAGUCCAACACGAAACAGCUUUGUUCCUUUUCCUGUAACGACUCGAGUCUCAACGGCGACGACGUGCUUGCUAUAUUUAAAGGCUCCAUGCAUUUUAUUUUUAGUGAGGGGAUAUGUGACGGGACAAAGGCUGGCUCGGGGGGGCCAGACGCGCCUGCUCAGUGUUUGUAAUCUGUGGAUAUUUAAAUUAUGUGCUCAGUCCAUAAUAAAUGAAGUUGUUUACGUGUAAGAAUGAUUUAAUAUCUAUGGCAAAUGAAUAUUUUCUGGAGAUGUGUAAGAAUCCACAAGUUCUCUGGAUGUUACGAUAAAACAGUUA